CAUUGAAUGUCGUUACAACUUAUGUAAGGAUAUACAUGCUUUGACGUUCUGCCUGGAUGAGCUGGGCUGUUCUUGUCAUACGAUACAGGACAAAUUUGAAAAGGACUACGCAUUGAUGGCUGAUAAGGUGUUGCUUGAGAGCGUUUGCUUGGGCGUACUGAUCAGAAACCACUCACGUCUCGCAUUCACGAUCGUCUCUAUAUAAAUUCAUGUCCCUGAAGACACGCAACCCUCUUGCCACGGAUGACACCAACCCCUCUUACACUAAGCAUUCACACAAGAUCCAAGUUAGGCUUUGCAGCCGCUAACACCCAUCGACUUACAGAUACUGUAAGUGGGUGCUUUACAAACAAACCUUUUCUUAUCUCUGAAACCCAUAAUCUUCCAGGAAAGCGAGGCCCAAAUCUAGCCAUGCGAGUCAAAACCCCACACCUGCAAGAUCCUGACUCAGUGAGGCCGUGCAUGUCAAAAAUGUCAUGGAACGGCAAGCAAAUUUCCAGGAGCAACACGUGGCACCCCAAACAAAUCUCAUCAAGCAUGAACGGAGGCGCAUAGUUGCUCUUGAGAACUCCUUUGCUGUUGAGAACACCUCACACACCUAAAUUACGCCCAAGAUCAUGCAUCACCAACCACAAGAAUGCUGUCUCCGCAUACGCCAGGAUUUUGUCUGAAACCAAAUAUCAUACUUUUUGAGAAGCAAAGACAACUCCACACACACUGCUCUGCAAUCACAAGAUUGCCUUCAAGGUCACACGUCUCCAUGCAGUUUGUCAGUCGCUAAAGGGGAGUAUUACUUUUUAUUUGGCACAGGGUGGCCCAAUUGCCACACCCUUCCAAUGCUGAGGAAGUCUCGACCACCCCAGAGCUCUAGAGAAAUGAAAUUGGUGCUGCUGUGAGACGCAAGCAUGCCAACAAUGGCAGCCAGAGAGGGGUUGCACCCAUCUUGCAAAGAACACUGGUCAGAUCCCCACACGGCUAAGAAUAAUUCCUAUUUGAUAACAGCGUCCUGGCAUGUCCCAUAUCCUGUCCACGUUGAGCUGAGCUCACAUCUUGCCAGACAGAAUCACACCAUGAAAAGAUGCCCCAGACACUGUCACCUCAUCCCAAAUAGACUAGCGUUCAAGGUCUUGCUGCGUUUAGAGAAACCAGUCUUGCGUCUGAAGAGUGCUUCAUCAAAAACAGCACGCUUUCUUUUUUAGAUUGGCAAGAUACAGCUGCCAUUUGCUGUUUUUCUGAUUCUUGAGACCAAUCGCUACUGGGUAUCCUCACUCUAGAAAAUGUACACGAGGG